UGGUAAUUUUGGAUAUAAAUACCGCCUGACUGAAAAAGAACCAUUAAUCACCUUCAUUUCGAAAGAAAACGGAAAUGUACGGAUAUUUAAUUUGUUUAAGUUUGAUUUUCACUGAAAAUGUUAUCUUUGGUCUUCCAACUUCUCUUAUUCCCUUAGCACAGACAGAGACAGGAAGUCUUUUGCAAAACAAACUGCUUCACAAAUUACAUAUACCUAACGAUGUACUUCCGGGAUCUCUAAAUAAAAGAAUCGUCGACAAGAAAGAUAUUGCCAUUGACGAAACGAAGUUCUGCACGUUCUGUCAGCAGCCUGCAUAUGAGAAAUCACGAGAUUGCUCGAACUAUUGCAUGCCUUCAACACAAGCAAAGAGUAAAGUAACUCAACAAAAGCAAAUUGAAAAAGGAAAUCCAAUUGGAGGUGGCGAACAAAAAGUUAUCCUUGGGGAUACGCUGUGUGCGUUUUGCAAACAGUUUCCAGAGUACCAGUCCACGAGCCAAUGUCUAAAAUCAUUAUGUUCCAUGGCCUCAGUAUCGUCACCCACGUUACAAGUCCAAUCAUUAAAGACACCAAUUUUAGUUGCUAAUUAGUUUUACUUUUAUGAAGCAAAAUACAUUUUCAUAACAAUC